CCGCUUUUGUAAUUGUGUAGGGGUAUGGAAUGAAAUAUGUGAUGGAAGCAAUACAUUACUAUACAUUUUACAUUCCAAACGUAAUCAUGAGUGGCAAAGACUUUCGUUUCGUAUUGCAAUGGAAUCGCAAAGAACAAUGAGGAACCGCCUUCGCAAAAAACGCAAAACCUUGAGGGAGUCUACGGAUCCUUUCAACGUUUCUGAAGAGAGGUUUGUGGAGCUUUUCAGGCUCCCUAAAGAAAUGUGUAACAGUAUCUUUGAGGAGAUCCGUCCCAUAUGCGAGAAAUGGCAGCAAAUGGAAUUCCCAAAAUGUUGCGAUUCCUUGCAACUUUGCGAUUUUUCGCUCAAGGAAGUUACCAGCGGUCAGUCGCAGAUUUUUGUAAUUCUCCAAAGCAGCGUUAGCAGAUGUGUGAGGGAAGUUGCCAAUAUAAUAGACAAGCAUUUAUUGGCCAAGUACGUGAAAUUUCCAACUUCAGCCGAAGGCAUACAAGCAGUAAAGGAGAUAUUUUAUCGUGAAUUCCGGUUCCCAGGGGUAAUAGGGGCUAUUGACGGUUCCCAUAUUAAUAUAAAGAAACCAAGCAAGGACAUCGAGCACGUAUAUGUGUGUAGGAAAGGAGGUCACUCACUAAACGUGCAAGUGAUUGUAAUGCAAGAUUCGGUGGAACUGCUCACGAUGCUUCAGUAUGGAGAGCGAGAGCACUUAAGGUUCUGUUGGAUAAUAAAUACUCAAAUGGUGAACGAAAUUUUUGGUUGUUGGGUGACAGCAGAUACCCGCAGCUUCCUUUCUUAAUGACUCCAAUUCAGGGUAACAAUCUAUCUCAAUCAGAGGAAAACUAUAAUAGACGGCACAGAAAAGCCAGGAACUGCGUUAAACGCUGCUUUGGAGUGCUCAAAACGAGAUUUCGUUGCCUUCUAAGAGAGAGAGUGUUAAUGUAUGACGCCAUCGUAGCAGGGAAAAUAAUUAAUUCAUGCAUUAUUUGGCAUAAUAUUAUGAUUAUGAAUAAUAUCGGUGGAAAAUUAGAAGAUGAUGAAAUGUCAA